AUGGACAAGAUCCGCCAAAUGUUCGGUGGCAAGAAGGACGCCGGCAACGGUCCCGACUACGAGCCCGUCAGUGAUGAGCGGAUGCCGCUGGCCCUCGAAGACGACCGGCACAGCGGCUACGCCUCGUCGCUGACGGAGGGCGAACUCGAGGACGACGGCGGCGGUGCGGCGCCCUUUUCGUGGGUGGAGUACAGCAUAUUUGUGCUCAUUGGCGUCGCCAUGCUCUGGGCCUGGAACAUGUUCAUGGCCGCUGCGCCGUACUUCCAGAUGCGCUUCGCUGCCGAUCCGGCCAUCCGUGACAUGUUCCAGUCCACCAUCAUCUCGGUGUCGACCUGCGCCAACUUGGCCGCCAUGCUCAUUCUGACCAACAUCCAGUACUCGGCCUCCUACCCCUUCCGCAUCAACACCGCCCUGGUCAUGAACGUGGUCGUCUUUGGUCUGCUGACGGCAUCCACCUCCGUCUUCCUGCACGUGGCCUCCGGCGUGUAUUUGCUCUUCCUGGUCGUCAUGGUCGCCGGCUCUGCCUGGGCCUGCGGCCUGAUUCAGAACGGUGCCUUUGCGUUCGCCGCCUCGUUUGGCCGGCCCGAGUACACCCAGGCCAUCAUGGCCGGCCAGGGCGUUGCUGGUGUGCUGCCGCCGCUGGCGCAGAUGGUGACGGUGCUUGUGUUCCCGCCACCGCUGCCGCCGCCGCCGCCGGGCCCGGCAGCCGUCCAUCUGCGGUCCGCCGAGGCCGAGGCCGGCACGUCGGCCUUUUACUACUUUUUGACGGCCGUCGUCAUCUCCGUCGUGGCCCUCGUGACCUUCCAGCCACUGGCGCGGCGCCAUGACCGCAUCGUCGAGACGCGCAUGGCCCAGGCUCUGUCUGAGAGCAUGGCGUCCAUCGAGGAUGCCGAGCGUGCCGCACGCAAGGUCGUCGGUCUCAAGACGCUCUUUUUCAAGAUGCAUUGGGUGGCCCUGUCCGUUUUCAUCUGCUUUGUCAUCACCAUGUUCUUCCCCGUCUUCACACCCAAGGUCCUGUCCGUGCGGACCGUACUCGGCGAUCCGGCGACUGGUGGCGGCGCCGCCGCCUCUGUGCCGGCCAUCCUGCGGCCGCCAGCCUUCAUCCCGCUCGCCUUUUUCUUCUGGAACCUGGGCGACCUGCUGGGCCGCAUCACCACCAUGCUGCCUGUGCCCGAGGUGCUGCAGCGCCGCCCCGUCCUGCUGUUCGCCUUUGGCCUCGCGCGUCUCGUGUUCUUGCCGCUGUACUUUUUGUGCAAUCUGGGCGGCCGCGGCGCGGUGGUGAACAGCGAUCUGUUCUACUUGCUGCUCGUGCAGCUGCCCUUUGGUCUCAGCAGCGGCUGGCUGAGCUCGACGGCCAUGAUGACCGCGGGCGAGUGGGUCGAGGACGGCGAGCGCGAGGCGGCGGGCGGGUUUAUGGGCCUCUGCCUUGUUGCCGGCCUGACCGUUGGCAGUUUCCUGAGCUUUACCGUCGCGAGCAUAUAA